AUGGCGAGUGAACGAUGGAAGGACGAUAUCGCGUACGCGAUGACCCCCUUCAAGUUGUUAACGUGGCCCAUAGGCGUUUGGCCGCUCCAAGUUUAUAACGUCUGCUCGCUAAUACGAUGCGUCGUGGCUACUUGUUGCAUGAGCACAAUAGUGAUCUUGCCUUCCAUGGAGAUUUACAUGGGCUGCACGAACGCGGAGCAGAACAUAGACAGCCUCAUGCUGAUCUGUUGCGGAAUACUCGGCGUUCUAAAGACGAUAUGUUUCCGUAUUCACGCGGAAAAUUUGACCAGCAAUUACGGCUCGGCCUUGAACGAUUACACGACGGUCGAAGGCAAGGAAUAUCGCGCGGUCAUGCGAAGACACGCUUCCAUCGGCAGGAUUCUCUCCUGUUCCAUGGUGUGCUUCUCGUAUUUUAGCGUUAUGAUAUAUUCGCUAAUUCCGCUUCUAGGUGAUACCGAAGACGUCUACGUCAAUGUAACGAGCGAGGAAAUCAAUUUGGAAUAUCCAAUGCCGUCUAGAUGCGCGUUAAAGUAUCUCAGGAUACCGACGAGCGUUUAUAUUGUGUACAGAAUCGUCUGUUUCCUCGAGUUUGUCAUUCUAAUACUUACGUGCACCUGCAAUCACGGUAACGACUCUUUAUUUCUCAACAUAACGUUGCACAUGUGCGGCCAAGUGAAAAUUCUUAAGGAUCGAUUUGUGAACUUCGAUAUCGUAAGUUCGCGAGUCCACGAUCGUUUCAACGCUUUGAUUCAGCGACACGGCUAUUUAAUAGAGAUAGCCAAAAAACUCGCGGAAACAAUCAGCAUCGUUUGUCUGACGCAGUUGUUCAUUAGCAGCGUGCUUUUAUGUAUAAUGGGAUUUCAGUUUAUCUUAGCGUUAAAUGCCAGCAACGUUGUUAUGAUGGGAAAAAGUUUCAUGGUGCUGUGCACAAUGCUGACGCAAUUGACGGUGUACAGCUUUGUCGGUGAUCACUUGAAAUCUCAGAUGGAAGAGAUCGGGCCGUUUGUCUACCAAAGCGUUUGGUACGAUCUUCCCGCGAAACUAACGAGAAACUUACCGUUCAUCAUUAUGCGAACACAAUCACCCGUCAAGUUGCAAGCUGGAAAUUUUAUCGUGGUAAAUCUGGCCACUUACAUGAGCAUCCUGAAAACAUCUAUCUCGUAUCUGUCUGUGUUGCGCGUAAUGGUAGAAACGUAA